GCUCAGGCUCAGGCGGCUUAGCUGUGUAAGAACAAAAUACCCUGGGAUGUCCAGUCUGUCAUCAGACUGAUGAGCAAACAAAGCCACAGCCCCUAAGAACUCCUGAGAGGUAGACAUACACUUUUUUUUUUCUUCUCCAAAUGCUGUUCCUUUUUGCUUCAUUACAUGGCUUGCCUCCUAGGCUGUGUUUUCAAAGUUCGUCCUGUGAACAGGUUGAUCGUGUCCUGAGCUGAAGAUGUUCCCAGAACAGCAGAAAGAGAGAACCCCAGUCUAGAACUGAGAUAGACACCAGAUAAGCUCUGGCUGAGGAAUAUCUACAAAGACCCAGCAAGUUCUCACAAUCAAGGUCACCAAAAUCAAGAGAAGCCCGAGUUCGUGAGUGUCUGGGUCCGGGACCCCAGGAUUCAGAAGGAGGACUUUUGGCACUCUUAUAUCGACUAUGAGAUCUGCAUUCACACAAAUAGCAUGUGUUUUACAAUGAAAACAUCUUGUGUACGAAGAAGGUAUAGAGAGUUCGUGUGGCUGAGGCAAAGACUCCAAAGCAACGCGUUGCUGGUACAAUUACCAGAACUUCCGUCUAAAAACCUGUUUUUCAACAUGAACAAUCGCCAGCAUGUCGACCAACGCCGCCAGGGCUUGGAAGAUUUCCUCAGAAAAGUCCUGCAGAAUGCACUCUUGCUUUCCGAUAGCAGCCUCCACCUCUUCCUGCAGAGCCAUCUGAACUCCGAGGACAUUGAAGCAUGUGUUUCUGGGCAGACCAAGUACUCGGUGGAAGAAGCCAUUCACAAGUUUGCUUUAAUGAAUAGACGGUUUCCCGAAGAAGAAGAAGAAGGGAAGAAAGACGCCGACGUAGAGUAUGAUUCAGAAAGUUCAUCCUCUGGGCUUGGACACAGUAGUGAUGACAGCAGUUCUCAUGGAUGUAAAACGAGCCCAGCUCUGCAGGAGUCCUGAGAAGGAAUUCUGGGGCUACCACCUUAGGAACGAAAUUGUGCCCAGCCAGAAAGAAUGCUGGCUCAUAAUAGAUUCUUACCCAAUGCCACUGUCAGUAUCCCAGGUAGUGAAAUUCUUAAAGUGGUGGGGUAUUAGUACUAGUAGUUUUAUGUUGUCUAAUUCUAGCCAAGCUUCUGUGUGAAGCUAUAAGGUCUGUGAAUGCCAUACGGCCCUUUAUUGCCAUCCUAUACUUGUAAAUACGAUCCUGCUCUCAAGUGAAAUGAGUUAUAUGAGAUAUAUAUAUAUAUAUUUGGUCUUAACUGGAUUUUAAAGAGUUUGGCGUAUUAGUAGCAUUUAAAGCCAGAUAGGGCACCCUUGCUGUGUCAAUGAGGAAGUUACUGUAAACACAGUGUUCGACUGAAGCUAGAGUGCAGAGUCGCAGCACUGCUGACUGCCUGCCUCUCUGACAUGUGGCUCUUGUUUCGUGGGGACUUUUCCUCUGGAAAAUACUUUGCCUUCAGGUAUUUGAUUGAAAUAUUUAAGAGUAUUUAAGCUUUCCAGUAUCCUGUAUCAUGUGUAAAUGGAAAAUAUGUCUUACAAAUAGAGAUGCACUAAAACAACAAAAACAACAACAAAACAAACGUUUACAUCCUAGGAGGGAAAAAAAACAAAAGUCUUUGUAAUUUUGCUUAAAUUUGCCAGACACAGAUUUAGAAAUACAUUCUCACUGUCCAAAAUCAGCUUAAACACUGGCUCUGGCGAUGAGUCAUUGUGCAAUUAGAAUCAUAUCUUAUGAUUUAUUUUCUGUCAUUAAAAAAAUGUACAUUAAAAAAAAAAGUCACCAGGUAGCUUCCAUGAGGAAUAGCUCCUCACGGUUCAUUUUUUCAGUUAGAAGAAGGUUUUUAUGAGUUAAUUUUACCCAUAAAUAUUUCAGUAAUUUUGGAGUGGAAGUUGGGUUGCUAACAUCAGAGCUCAUGUUCAUGUUUUAGAAGCCCUUUCUUUCUAGGUGUCUCUCAAAAGACUGGCUUAAUUGGAAUAAAAUAGCUUUUUUUUUUUAAGUGUCCCAAAGAUAAGAUAUCUUGGGGUCCACCAUGAGCUUCCAGUUUCAGCCGAGGCAGCAGUUUUCCUGGGAUAAUUAGCCAAGGGUUCCCCAGAGUCUUCCUAGGUAUCUCUGGGAACCAGCAGAAGGAAUUUUCACCUAAGAGGGAUAACUUGUUGCUUCCAAUGAAUGGCUCCCACUCUCGUGGGUGCAAAAGCGGCAGCAAAAAGCAGCCAUUUACUUGGGUACUUAAGAGUUAUUGUAUUAAUAAAAAGUUAUUGACUUGUCCUUUGAGAGCCUUCUUACAGAGAAUUGGUUAAAAAAACCAAACAUUCAAUUUGGAAUAAGAAUGAUUUUUUAAAGUUCUGUCUGAAACAUUAUCAAACUUGUGUAAAUAUUUUGAUUUAUGUCUUAGAUCCUGUUAACCGUGUCCUCUAAUUGUCUUUAUUUUAAUGCCAAAAGGAAGUGAUUAUGCAGCUGUGUGUAGAGUUUCAGAGCAAGUUCCUCAGCAGUGUAGAUGAAUUCACAUCAUUUAUGUUUUAACGGCGUUUUUUUGGAAAGCAUAAAUUGUGACAUCAGUUAUCAUGCUACUUCUUGGUGACAUAAUAUAACCUUUGAAGUUAAUAUGAAGUGAUGUUUGCUCCAUAAACUCCACAGUCACUGUUUUCACAUUAAACAUGAAAGCAAAGCAAAACAAAA